CACUCGUAAGAAACAAGUUCUCGCUCCCCUUGGUAUCAACCGCUAGUACCGUUAUUCUUUUUCAUCCAACGGCUCAGAUCUCUUCGCCGUUUGUGCUUAUCACUCUUCUCUCUCUGUUUUUCACUUUCUCAGUGUGGCAAAAGCCUCCACCUUCUGACACUAACUCUCUUCUUCACUUCCAAUCUGAUUUUUUUUUCUUUUAAAUUUUGUAAAUAAAUCUGUAAAUUUUCAUGCACUCAUCGUUCAAAGCAAAAAAAAAAAAAAAAGCGUUGAUUAUUUUUCUGGUUUUGGCUUUUUUUUUAAAUAAAAUUUGACGAAAUGGAUUUCUAGUUUUGAUCACAAAAAUUGUAACUUUUGAGCUUUUUAAGCAAAACCCAUUUCUGUUUUUAUCAAUCUUUAGCUGAUUCCCAGCUUUGAGUUUCAAUACUUGAGGAAAUGGGUUCUUAGUUUUGAUCACAAAAAUCAAAGCUUUUGAGCCUUUGGAGCAAACCCAUUUUCAGUUUAUUAAUUUGAGUUGAUUAUCAUCUUCAAAGAUGAUGUCUAUGCUGAAAAACCCAGAUUUUAACGAGGAUUUAGGGAAGCUUAUUAGGGACCAAAAGCUUCAAGAUGCGGCAACUAAUAGUAUAUCAAGUGAUCUAGAGAAAGAGCUGGACAUUUAUAGAAGUGGUUCAGCUCCUCCUACUGUGGAGGGCUCAUUGAACUCAAUUGGUGGCUUGCUUAACAAAAAAGGUGGGUUCUUGAGUGAGGAAGAACUCAGGGCUGAUCCAGCAUAUGUGAACUACUAUUAUUCUAAUGGGAAUCUGAACCCAAGACUGCCUCCUCCGUUGUUGUCAAGAGAGGAUUGGAGGUUUGCUCAGAGGUUGCAAGGAGGGAAUGGGAACAAUGGGAGCAACGGGAAUAGGUCACUUUUUGCAGUGCAGCCAGGGUUUGGAGGAGAGAAGGAAGAGAAUGGUGGUGGUAGUGGGGUAAAGUGGGGAGGAGGAGACGGGUUGAUAGGGUUACCUGGGCUGGGGGGUCUGGGAAGUAGGCAGAAGAGGAUUGGUGAGAUCUUUCAGGAUGAUGUGAAUCAUGCCCUGAAUGUCUCAAGGCACCCAUCUCUUCCGGCUAGCCGCAAUGCAUUUGAUGAUGGAAUUGAAAGCUCUGAAGUCCAAUUUGCUAAUCUGCAUCAUGAUUUAGGAUCUGUUGAUGCUUUACGCUCUAGUGCAAAUAAACCAGGAAUGCCUUCGGUCCAAAAUGUUGGUUCCUCUGCUUCUCAUACUUAUGCAUCUGCUUUGGGUGUAUCCUUGUCAAGAAGUACCACACCUGAUCCUCAACUUGCAGCUAGAGCUCCUAGUCCUUGCAUUCCGCCCAUUGGUGGCAGGUCUAGUUCCAUGGACAAAAGAAGUGUAAUUGGUUCCAAUACAUUCAAUGGUGUUGGUUCCAACAGUUUUAAUGGUGUCUCAGCAACUGUAGGUGAAUCUGCAGAACUGAUUGCUGGUUUGUCUGGCUUGAAUCUGUCAAAAAAUGAUGUGUUAGAUGAAGAGAACCAUUCACAGUCACAGACUCAUCAUGGUAUUGAUGACCAUCAUAAUCUCAAUAAUUUGCAGGCUGAUCAGAAGCAUAUCAAACAAAAUUCAUACUUGAAUAAGUUGGAACCUGAAAAUUUUCAUUCUACUGCUCAUUCUGCAAAAGGACCUUAUAUCAAUUUGAGUAAAAUCAGUGGAGGUGGGAUGGACCUUAAGAAGUCUUCUUUUAUGGCUGAUGGACACGUUGAACUCUGUAAAUCUGCUAAUUCAUACCCAAAGGGACCUUCUACACCCACAUUCAAUGGUGUAGGAAGUCCUCUGAACCAUCAGAAUGUGGAUAAUGUAAAUUCUGCAUUUCCAAACUAUGGCUUAAGUGGCUUUUCUAUGAAUCCUUCAUCACCUCCCAUGCUAGGAAACCAGCUUGGGAGUGGUACUUUGCCGCCUUUAUUUGACAACGCUGCUGCUCUGUCUGCAAUGGGAGGGACUGGCUUGGAAUCUAGAGCUUUGCCAGGAGGUUUGGCUUUGAAUCCAAAUUUGAUGGCUGCAGUGGCAGAAUUGCAGAAUCUUAGUAGAUUGGGAAAUCAAAAUGCAGGAAAUGCUCUGCAGGCACCGCUCUUGGACCCAUUGUAUCUUCACUACUUGAGAUCAAAUGAAUUAGCCGCUGCACAAGUUGCAGCUCUCAAUGAUGCCAUGAUUAAUAGGGAGUACAGUGGUAAUUCAUACUUGGAUUUGCUUGGUCUUCAAAAAGCUUACUUAGGGGCACUGCAGAAAUCAUACUACGGAAAUCCAACAUUUGGUCUAGGCAUGUCAUAUCCUGGAAGACCACUGGCUGGUCCCCUUUUUCCAAACUCUCCUGUUGCUGGAAGUCCUGUCAGACACAGUAACCAGAACAUGCCCUUUGCUUCUGGGUUGAGGAAUGUAUCUGGUGGAGUCAUGGGGGCUUGGCAUUCAGAAGCUGCUGGUAACUUGGAUGAAAGUUUUGCACUCUCUUUGCUAGGUGAAUUUAAACGCAACAAAACUAAAUGUUUUGAACUUUCAGAAAUUGCUGGUCAUGUUGUUGAGUUCAGUAUCGAUCAGUAUGGGAGUCGAUUUAUUCAGCAGAAACUUGAGACAGCCACAACAGAAGAGAAAAACAUGGUUUUCCAUGAAAUCACGCCCCAAGCACUUUCAUUAAUGACUGAUGUGUUUGGUAAUUAUGUGAUUCAAAAGUUUUUUGAGCAUGGAUCUGCUUCCCAAAUAAGAGAACUUGCCAACCAGCUGACUGGGCAUGUGUUGUCGCUUAGCCUUCAAAUGUAUGGCUGUCGAGUGAUCCAGAAGGCUAUAGAAGUUGUUGAGCUGGACCAGAAGACUAAAAUGGUCAAAGAGCUUGAUGGACAUAUUAUGCGCUGUGUGCGUGAUCAGAAUGGGAACCAUGUCAUCCAGAAGUGUAUAGAAUGUGUACCUGAAGAUGCUAUUCAGUUUAUUGUUUCCACAUUUUAUGAUCAAGUUGUGACGCUAUCCAUUCAUCCAUAUGGCUGUCGAGUCAUCCAGAGAGUUCUGGAGCAUUGUCAUGAAGCAAAAACCCAGCAUGUAAUGAUGAAUGAAAUUUUCCAGUCUGUUUGCAUGUUGGCACAAGACCAAUAUGGGAAUUAUGUUGUACAGCAUGUUCUGGAGCAAGGCAAACAACAUGAACGCUCUGCUAUAAUCAAGAAACUAACCGGGCAGAUAGUUCAAAUGAGCCAGCAGAAGUUUGCGUCUAAUGUUAUAGAAAAGUGUUUAACUUUUGGAACUCCCGCUGAACGCCAAAACCUGGUCGAUGAGAUGCUUGGUUCCACUGAUGAAAAUGAGCCCCUUCAGGUGAUGAUGAAAGAUCAGUUUGCAAACUAUGUUGUACAAAAAGUGCUGGAAACCUGUGAUGACCAGCAGCUUGAACUAAUCCUCAACCGAAUAAAGGUUCACUUGAAUGCUCUGAAGAAAUAUACUUAUGGGAAGCAUAUAGUUGCACGUGUAGAGAAACUUGUUGCAGCUGGAGAAUACUUGCACUGUUGCACACCUGUGGCCUUUGAGUUGGACAAAAUCACCCUGAUGGUCUCAUUUCUGGCACUUUGCAUACUGCAAAUGGACUUCAUUGUUGGAGAUAUUUUGGUCUGCCUUUGUUGUUCAUGACAGAGGAGGAUCAGCAUUCUGACUCCAAACCUGGCAGCUUAGACGGUGUAGGAAAUGAACUUGUUGUACAGGUAACUGAGGAUAGUAUGAGGUGCCGCUUGCAUUCUUCUUUCUCUUUAAUGUCUAGUGAUAGCCCUGUCUAUUUAUUUGGAUAGAUAGGAGCUGAUUGGAAAUAAAAUUUGUUGGUUGUACUUAAAAUUGUACAUUGUAGUUUGAGGAUAUACCUAGAAUCAGGUUAGCUGAGGCACCGAUGGUGAAUCAGCUGAUGCCUUAUCUGCAGAGGAGAUAAAGUUGCUGUACAAGUUUUAAGGUUGUAAAAAGCGAGGACGUAGUAAAUUUGUGAUCGUGACUGUAAAAAUCUUACCAGGUUGAGAGAGCCUCUUGUGUUUAGUUGGGUCUGAAAAUUUUCUUCUGUAUGGAGUUAUCUUUUUCCUAAUUUACUGAACUUUUCCAAUAUCCUGAUAUUUUCUGUCAUGUUGAGCCGCCAGGAUUGAUAUUCUGGUUUGAUUCUAGCCAUUUUAAUUCCAUAUUGGCCUUUACUAGGCAUAUAUGAUUUGUAUUUCGUUCCGCCUAGUGCCUGCCGGGUGUUAGCCGGCUUGACGAGCCUCGGCAAGCAGGUGGGGGGUUUGAUCAUAAUUGGUAUCUGUGAUGAUCAUACAAAGCAUAUGAUCAUUUUAUAAUUGGAAACGAGUAUUAGGAGGAUAAGUUCUGGACGUCAUAAAAACUAGUAUCAUUGAUCUUGUCUUUCUCGGAAGGCAAGCCAGAAUGGCAAAAUGCACAGCUUAUAACAUGCAUCUAAAUUUUUACCUAGAUGAACACAUCACAUUAACGAUGCAAUUCGACUUCACCUUGCACACAAGCAUAACACGUCCAUCAAGCCCUUUGAAAAUUUUAGUCUUCUGGUCCAGCUCAACAAUUCUAUAUCCUGCAUAACAAACAGAUCAAGGAGUGAUGCAUGCAAAAACUUCAAUAGCCUUGCGUUCAGCAUUGUGAUAACAGAGGCAUUCAGUCCUGGAAGGAUCAUUAAAUUUUGCGCAAAGAUGACUAUAAGUUAACAUGAUUUGCGUCAUUGUGCAGAACAACAAACAUGC